AUGCGCGGACUCGAUGACAGCACCGUAGCUCUUCUCCGCGUGGGCCAAAGCGCGCAGGAGCAAGUCAGGAAUGCGUGGGAGGGCUUUGUGAAUUUCGCGGCCCGGGAUAACGUCCUGGAGGUGGCACUAGGUUUAAUUAUCGCUAAUGCCUUCACCAAACUCGUCACCUCGUUUGUUUCGGACGUUGUUCUGCCGAUUAUCUCGCUUCUGCCGUUCCUAAACCGCAAUAUGGAUCAGAAAUUCGCGGUUCUCUCCAAGGGGCCUCAUUUUGUCAAGGGCACGGGGUAUAAUACCCUCGAGCAAGCCCGGAAUGACGGGGCCCUGGUUUUGGCUUAUGGGCUCUUUAUUCAGAAUGUCAUCGGUUUCUUUGGUAUCAGCCUCACGUUGUACGCGGUUGGUCAUUUGUACACGUGGAUCUCUAGCAACAAGAUCAUCAAGCCGACUGUGCAGUGUGAAUAUUGCAAGCAGUUUAUUAGUGUCGAGGCUACGCGCUGUCUUCACUGUUCGACUUGGCAGGAUGGCAGGGAGGAUCCGCCCAAGAGCAAUCCUGCCCCCCGAGAGUAG